UUUGCAAGAAUUGAAAGAUGUUUUUGGUGAAAUUAGUGAAUUAGAACCAAAAAGUAAGAGUUCUAGUGAUGCUGUCAAAGCAAGAGAAAUACUUUUACAUAUUCGAAAUGAGAGGGAUAAACUUAAAGAAAAUAAUUCCAACCUUUCAAAUGAAAUUUUGGCGGCUAAUGAUAAAAUCCAGAGGAUUGAAAUUCAAUUGAAUGAAAUGAACGAACUUGUAAAAAAUUUUGAAUCGCAGUCUAAAUCAGUUCAAAACUCAAAUAAUCGUAAUGGAUCAACAAGUACGGGAUCAGAUGAUGAAGAAAGACUCGUAUUUUUAGAAAGUGAAGUUUUAGCACAUCGAACUAAAUGUGCUUCUCUUGAGGCUGAAUUAACGGCUCAAAAAGAUCAAGUUUCACAGUUAAACGAAUUGAGACAGUCCUUUGAUACUACAAAAAAAUUAUUAAUGGAUAGAGAGGCUGAAAUUGCAGAU